AUGCCCGGCUGCCGCCCGCUGCUCGCCCUGCUGUGCGCGCUGCCCUGGCUCCUGCGGGCGGCGGCCCCCGGGGACCCCGCGCUCCCCCUGGCGCGCCGCGACCCCCACGACCCGGCCCGGGGCGCCGACUUCGACCGCGUCUACAGCGGCGUGGUGAACCUGAGCACCGAGAACAUCUACUCCUUCUCCUACACCAGCCAGCCCGGCCAGGUCAACGCCGUGCGAGUGCAUGUGAACAGCUCUUCCGAGAACCUCGACUACCCAGUCCUGGUCGUGGUGCGUCAGCAGAAAGAGGUGCUGUCCUGGCAGGUCCCGCUGCCCUUCCAAGGAUUAUACCAGAGGACCUACAACUAUCAGGAAGUAAGCCGCACCUUAUGUCCCUCAGAAGCAACCAAUGAGACAGGACCACUGGAGCACCUGAUAUUUGUAGAUAUAGCAUCCAUGGCACCCCUAGGAGCCCAGUACAAACUGCUGGUUACCAAGAUCAAGCACUUCCAGCUACAGACAAAUGUUGCCUUUCACUUCACUGCCAGCCCCUCUCAGCCUCAGUAUUUUCUAUACAAAUUUCCUGAAGAUGUGGACUCAGUUGUCAUUAAAGUUGUAUCUAAAGUGGCUUAUCCAUGUUCUGUUGUCUCUGUCCAGAACAUCAUGUGCCCAGUGUAUGAUCUUGACCACAAUGUGGAAUUUAAUGGUGUCUAUCAGUCCAUGACCAAGAAAGCUGCAAUCACAUUACAGAAGAAGGAUUUUCCAGGUGAGCAGUUCUUCGUGGUGUUUGUGAUAAAGCCUGAAGAUUAUGCUUGUGGAGGAUCUUUCUUCAUCCAGGAAAAGAAGAACCAGACCUGGAAUCUACAACGAACAAAGAACCUUAAAGUGACCAUUGUUCCUUCUAUUAAAGAAUCCGUUUUUGUGAAAUCCAUUCUUCUCAGCUUCCUCAUCUUCUUCUCCUUCUACUUGGGAUGCCUGUUGAUUGCAUUUGUUCAUUAUAUCCGGUUUCAGAGAAAAUCCAUUGAUGGAAGCUUUGGUUCCAAUGAUGGCUCUGGGACUCUGGCGGUGUCACAUCCCAUUGCUGCCAGCACCCCCGAAGGGAGCAGCUACGGGGCAAUAGACGAGUCAAGCUCCAGUCCUGGCAGGCAGAUGUCCUCCUCUGAUGGGGGGCAGCCAUACCAGUCAGACUCGGACAGCUCCGUGGAAGAAAGUGACUUCGACACCAUGCCAGACAUUGAGAGUGAUAAAAACGUCAUCCGGACCAAGAUGUUCCUUUACCUGUCAGAUCUGUCCAGGAAGGAUCGGAGAAUCAUCAGCAAAAAAUAUAAGAUUUAUUUUUGGAACAUCAUCACUAUCGCUGUGUUCUAUGCACUACCUGUGAUCCAGCUGGUCAUCACCUACCAGACAGUGGUAAAUGUCACUGGAAACCAGGAUAUCUGUUAUUACAACUUCCUCUGUGCUCACCCCUUGGGCGUCCUGAGUGCCUUCAAUAACAUUCUCAGUAACCUGGGGCACGUGCUCCUGGGCUUCCUCUUCCUGCUGAUAGUCCUGCGCCGGGACAUUCUCCACCGAAGAGCCCUGGAUGCCAAGGACAUCUUUGCCAAGGAAUAUGGGAUUCCCAAGCACUUUGGUCUCUUCUAUGCUAUGGGCAUCGCAUUGAUGAUGGAAGGCGUGCUCAGUGCUUGUUACCACAUCUGCCCUAAUUACUCCAACUUCCAAUUUGACACCUCCUUCAUGUACAUGAUCGCUGGCCUCUGCAUGUUGAAGCUCUACCAGACCCGCCACCCAGACAUCAAUGCCAGCGCCUACGCCGCCUACGCCUCCUUCGCCUUCGUCAUCACACUCACGGUGCUCGGCGUGGUGUUUGGAAAAAAUGACAUCUGGUUCUGGGUCAUCUUCUCUGCGAUCCAUAUACUGGCCUCUCUCGCCCUCAGCACCCAGAUCUACUACAUGGGUCGUUUCAAGAUAGACGUGUCUGACACAGAUCUGGGGAUUUUCCGGCGGGCCGCCAUGGUGCUCUACACCGACUUCAUCCAUCAGUGCAGCCGGCCUCUGUACAUGGACAGAAUGGUGUUGCUCGUCGUGGGGAAUCUGAUUAACUGGUCCUUCGCCCUCUUCGGCCUGAUCUACCGGCCCAGGGACUUUGCCUCCUACAUGCUGGGCAUCUUUAUCGGCAACCUGCUGCUCUACCUGGCCUUCUACAUCAUCAUGAAGCUCCGCAGCUCCGAGAAGGUCCUCCCCAUCCCGCUCUUCUGCAUCGUGGCCACCGCCGUGGUGUGGGCCGCUGCCCUGUAUUUCUUCUUCCAGAAUCUCAGCAGCUGGGAGGGAACCCCGGCUGAGUCCCGGGAGAAGAAUCGGGAAUGUGUUCUGCUGGACUUCUUUGAUGAGCAUGACAUUUGGCACUUCCUGUCUGCCAUGGCCCUGUUUUUCUCAUUCUUGGUUUUGUUAACCCUGGAUGAUGACUUGGAUGUGGUUCGGAGGGACCAGAUCCCUGUUUUCUGA